AUGUCGGUGCUGUCAGUGUGGCCAGAGGUGAGAGAGUCAUGGAUAGAAGAAGCUACGUCCGACCAGUCGAGCGAGCUACAACAACCUGUGAUGUCCAUCCUGGCCCCUGGUUUCAACAACGUCAACGCCUAUGACUGGGAGGGUCUGACGCCCCUCAUGCACGCAGUCCGGGAUGUAGACUUGACCGCCGUCCGUCUGCUGGUCCAGGCAGGGGCUGACGUAGAUCGUCAGGAUGCCCGAGGACACAGCGCCAUCUUCUACUGUGAGGAAAGUCGCCACAUGCCGGUCCUGCGG